CAAAGGCAGAUCGACCCGCCUAAUGAUCACAGGGACAACAAAGCAGGGCCGGUCACCGAUCCAGAACCAGCACCCAUCGCUGAAGCGACCCACCUAGACCCCUGGACGGAUUCUUCUUCUUCUUCUUUUAUUUCGCGCGCUUUGUCUACAAUGGAGGAGCAGUUUUUUAAAUCUGCGUUACCUGCGCCGGACUCCUCCGCGUUGGACGACAGCAGCCUGGCUCUGCCGGCCGGCCCGAGCCCCACGUCCACCGCGACGGAGAGCUCCGCCGACCGGACUCUGCGCGUCCACCGGCAGGUCCAGCUCACCCUGGCCCGGAGGGCGAGGAAGAGCGAGUCGAGCGGUAGUCUCCGUUUACAGAAAAGCACGGCAAAGAGCUUUGAUGCUGCCGAUGGACUUCUACCAAACAUAAAGGUGACUGGAAUGGGCCUCACCGCCCGCUCUCUAUCAAGCAACAACGUGCUGAGGCCGUCGAGGAGGGUGGAAGUGUCCCCCCCGCCGAGCCCAGAGUUACCCCACGACUGCUUCAACCACAGCACCCCCCGCCACGGGAUGUGCACCCACCCAGGGCGCGCUCGGUCACGCAAGUCGAGCGGCGCGCCGGACUGCUCGCUUGGCGCCGACUCAUUUCGCCGCUACGCCUUCUCGGAGGCCCCCCGCGGCACGCGGCCGCUCGCAUCCACGGCUGCCGACGGCACCCUCCACCGGAGGUCACUCAGACAGCGGCAGACGGCGGUCGCAAACGCGGCGCUUCGGCAGGGCCGCGGUUACGGCUGCGGCUGGGGUCCUGCUGGAGUCACGACCGGACUCCAUCAGGAGGAACGCGGCGGCGCGUGGGGACAAGCCGGCGGUGCCGCGCUCGGCGCGGUCUCGCCCGGGGUGGCCUGGUCAGCUCGGGCCAGGAGGGAGGGGCUCCGCAGGCUGAACUCGUACCCGCCUUCGGCCACCAGCGUGGAGGUGGACACGGGCAGGCAGACGGGAGCGCAUCCAGUCCCCAUCCAGCGGAUACAUUCUCAGACUGUCACGCCGCUGCAGUCAGAGGACAAGCCCGCGGAGAUGACGUUGGAGAGGGCCGUGAACCUGCUGACUCUGGAUGACGAGGACACGCUCAUCUCUGCAGCCAGCAACAUACAGAGUCAUUGCCUCAAGAGUGAUGAUGCCAAAAAGAUGGUGUACUACCUCCGUGGGAUUGGAAAGCUCUUGCAGCUCCUGUGCAGUGACGACGAGGUGGUGCAGUGUGCCGCCGCCGGGGCGCUACGAAACGUUGUGUACCAGAGCAGCGAAAACAAGAUGGAGGUGAAGGACAACGACGGCCUGGACAAUAUUUUGCGUGCGCUGAGGAGCAGCCGUAAUUUGGAGACCCGACGAGAACUAACGGGUCUUUUGUGGAACCUCUCCUCUCAUGACCUUUUGAAGGAGUGCCUCUCCAGAGAAGCCUUACUGGUCCUCACCCAGUCCGUUCUGGAACCCAGUUCGGGCAUUUCUGAGGGAGAAAACCCAAAAGACGAGCUCCUAGCUGAUGCCGAUGCUUUCUACAAUGCCACCGGCUGCCUGCGAAAUCUGAGCUCUGCUGGUCCAGACAGCAGGAAAGCAAUGAGGGAGUGUGAGAACUUCAUUGACUCUCUGGUCUACUACAUCCGCGGAGCCGUAGCUGACCAUAAAACUGAUGACAAGUCCACAGAGAACUGCGUCUGCAUCCUUCACAACCUGUCUUAUCAGAUGGAGGCCGAGCUUCCCACGAGGUACACCUUGAAUCUUGGAGAAUCUCUCCAAAACCUGGCUCCCGAGCAGAAGGCUGUUGGCUGCUUUUCUCAUCGAAGUGCCAAGAUCACAGAGCAUUUUGAUCGAAAGUGCCCCCUGCUGGAAGAGAAGGCCAACCCCCGAGGCAUCGAGUGGCUGUGGAGCGCCAUCACGAUCCGCAUGUACUUGUCACUGAUGGCCCGCAGUGUGCGUCACUACACCCAGGAGGCCGCCGUCGGGGCCCUGCAGAACAUCACAGCUGGGAACGGAGCGGUGACCGAAGCCAUAGCAUUUACUAUUGUUCAACGGGAAAAUGGCCUUCAGCAUGUCCGGAAGAUGUUUGAGGAGGGAGAGAGUAAUGUGAAGAGGACGUGCAUUUCUCUAAUAAGAAACCUCUCGCGCUACCAGGAACUGCAACCCGACAUCGUGAAGCAGGUGUUGCCAGAGGUGGUCGGGAUGCUUCCCAACGACGACACCGGCACCGACCUGCCUACCGAGGUGACGGCUUCCCUCUGUCAGAUCCUGAUUAACCUCAGUCAGGGUGACACGCAGCAAGUCAGGGCCAUCCUCAACCAGGGAGCCCUGCAGAAGAUCAUCAACAUCAGCAGCAAGGACAGAGGUUAUGGACCAACCAGAGCGGGUCAGGCUGCAUGCAUCUUGCUGCACAUCAUGUGGAAACGCAGUGAUCUCCGUGGUGCUUACAAGAAGGGUGGCUACAGGAAAGCGGAUUUCAUUAAUGCCAGGACAACAAAGGCCGUGAACUCCAGAUGAGGCUGAGCCGAAGAUCUAUAACUAACUCAAGCAGCACUUCUUUACCAUAAGAGGUCCCUUGACACGGCUUUAAAGUUGUACAAGAGCCGGAUGUUCUAGAAAAGUAAUAAAUAGCAGAACAUACCUGCUUAAACAAUACAUUCCUUCUGUUUGGUUGACAUUCCCCAUCAGACACAGCACUUGCUUAAUAAUAAACUGACUGAAUGUAGAAAUAUUUCCUGAAAAUGCAACUUGUUUGCUCUAAUUGUUCAUGAUUGUGUAGUUUGUUUACUGUAGCAGUUGAGAAUGCCAUUGUGUGUGUUUUUUUUAUUUUAGACUUUUAGUAAUUCAGUAACAAGAACCAGACUUAAUAUAAUCAAAUAUUCACAUUACAUUAAUCUGGAAGAAUGACAAUCAAAUUCACAGCCUAAUUUAUGUCAAACCAAAUACACUAAGUCUAAUGAAUAAAAGAGUUGUUUUUUUAUUGAACGAUGUCUUACUGUAACACCCAUCAACAACAAGCAGAUGUUUUUGCCGUCUGACUUAGUUU